AUGGCGAGGGGCACCCGCGACGUCGUCGCGCGCGUGCGCGCGGAGGCCUGGGACGCCCUCGGGCGCUUCCCCUGGCGCUACAUCACGGCCUACGCGGCCGCGAAGGCCGUCCGCCUGGACGAGCGCGCCGCGGAGGGGCUGCGGGACGGCAACACCUCCGCCCGCGUCGCCUGCCGCGCGGCGCUGGUGAACUGCUGGCUGCAGCGGGACUGCAAGGCGGACUGCACCGCGCUGCUCGAGCCGAUUAUGGCGGGCUACACCAUGACCAGCCUCACCCCCUUGAUGGCUAUCGCCGCGGAGCUGCUCAAGUACUGCCAGAAGCUCGACCCCGGGCGGCACUUCGCGAUCGACCUCCACGACAUCCACACCCCGGGGCUUCUUAUGUGGAAGAUGGAUUGCCAGGCAAUGGCCGAUUCCGACGUCGCGGACGAAACCUCCCUGCUGCUUUCCCUGGAGCAGUUUAGCGCGGUGCUGCAGGACACCGUCUACGUCUACGCGCGUCCGGAGGUGGCGCCUAAAACCGUCCGCUUCCGCAACGUCGAGGAUGCCGAGAACAUGCUGCGGAUCUUGCUUUCCGUUUUUGAAAUUUACGAGGAAAGCGGCUACCUCGCGCACGCGGAUAACAACACGCGCACUUCGAUGCUGCGCAUCAUUAACUUCAUUUUAAAAGUCGUCCCGGAUGAUGACCCGGGGCUCUUCGUCGACGCCGCGGUGCGCGCGCUAAAAUUUCUGACAACGCGCACGCCUGAGGAGGGCGCGAAAACGAUCACAUCCGCGUUAGAUUCCCUUUUUAGAAGUCUAAAGCUCCCACAGCGGUAUGCCUUGGGGUUUGACGACGUGGAGGCGUUGGGGCGUAAAAGCCGUGAGCGUCAGCAGGAUUUGGCUCGCAUGAAGGCCCUGCUUCGCGCCGGAACCGCUACGCAGGAGGAGUACGACCAACUUCACGAGGCGAUCGAUCGGGAUGAAAAAUUUCUGCUUCGCAUGCAGCUCAUGGUCUUGGCUUUUUUGUCCUAUUCACAGCGCGGGGAUGAGAUUCCGAUUUUUUGCUCGCACAUGAUUCGACUCGGUCGGCAGCUCGAUAAUGAGGUGGUGCGCAUAGCGGCAACGAAAGCCUUGGCGCUUCAAUGUCUUAUCAGCCCUGAUGCCGUGCACACCUUCAUGCCGCUUAUUCUUUCCGAAACGAGCGAACCGGUACGAAACGAGUUUAACGCGGUGCCGUUGGCGGCCAUUGGGGUGACUUUUGAUCUCAUUAUGGAAUACGGACUUCGUUUUUUUGACACCACCAAGCGACCCGCGCAUCUCAACCCUGGUACCUUCUUUAACGCCCAAAACGCGAUUGACAUGCGGCUCCAGCACGAGCAGGCGCUUGCCGAGGAGGAUGUCCACAAAGUCGGCGGCGCGAAUCUCCUUUCAACGCUUCGUUAUUAUCUUGGUCCAUCCCAGAAAGCUAAAAAUACCAUGACGUUGGUGGGCUUCUGCAAGUUGCUAAGCUGCAACCGCAUCCCGCAGGAUUCCAUAACCGGCAUUAUAGCCGAGCUGAUUUUGCACUACGUGCGUGUUCGAAUCACGCAAAACAGCGACGCCACGAGCGCGUUUAUGGUGGAUUACUUAAGUAAAUUCCUUCGAAGCUACUCCUCCAGCCAUCCCAAGCAGCAAGAGCGGUUCUCAAAGGGCGGCGUUGCCGCGUUUCGCGUGCUGCUGAUGCGGGAUCCAUCUUGGGCCGUAAAGAUCAUUCAGUUCGUGCUGAGACUGUCGGAUCCGUUUACGCUAUGCCAAAUUCGCGAUAUCGAUCCCAAAACCGCCCAACGCGUGAAUAAGGAGUUGUCCGAAGCUAACGCGAACGACGACAACCUGUCGGAGAAAAGUGCCGGGCGGGGUAAGAAUCCGGAUGCGAACGAAGGCGCCACCCUUCACGCGCGGAAUUCAUCGAUCCGCACGAAGGCGGCGCGGUCCUCGAUGCAAAGCGGGCGCCUUCUCCGCGAGCUCAGUCGUUUCUCCCUCCACGAGGCGAUCGCCGAGGAGCUGUUGAUCGAGCUCGCGGUGAACUCGAAGAAGGCGAGCCGCCAGGUCUGCGUCGACGCGCUCGAACUGCAUAUGUAUUUCUACAGUAAGGAUAAUCAACCUUUUCUCCUGCACUGCGCGCGAGAGGCGGUGCAGGCGAUGCCGAAGGAAGGGGGGGAGCGGGCGCGUUUGAAGGGCUGGCUCGACAAGCUCCAACAGCUCGGCUUUUUUCCCGAGCCCGCGGGAUCGGCAGAGCAGGAAGGGAGUCUGCAAGAGCGGCUCGCGGAGCGCAAAGCCAGCCGAGAAGUGAUUUUGAACGAUCUAGUGGAGCGAGGCUACGCGGAAGGGGUGGAGGAUAGCGCGCCUCCGCAGGUGAACUCGUCCACCCUUGGCUUGACUAAAACCAAAAAGGAGGAUCAGGAUCGGAAGCGAGAGCGCGAUUCGGAUUUUUUUGAGGUUGAAAACAUUUUAGGGCCGCGACGAAAGACGCGGAAAUAA